UAGUAUCACUUGUCUGUUAGCUUCAAUCGUAAAUCAACAUGAUUUCAAAGUGCCUUAUUUUAGCCGUCAUUGUCGUUGUGACUAUCGCACAUCCUCCUCUGGACCAUGGUCAUCACGCUCCACACCCAUACAAGUUUGGAUACAGCAUCAAAGACAAACAUGGUGAACAACACAGAGAAGAAUCCGGAACUGGUGGUCAUGUGACUGGAAGCUAUGGAUUUACAGAUGAUCGUGGUAUCCACAGACAGGUCAACUACGUAGCUGAUCACGGUGGUUUCAGAGCUCAAGUCAAGACCAACGAACCAGGCACCGCCAACCAAAAUCCAGCUGCCGUUCACAUUCACUCAUCUGCUCCAGCAUACGACCAUCUGUAUGGUGGAUAUGGCUAUGGAGGAUAUGGUAAUGACGGAGCUGGUUUCGGUUAUGCUGGUCUGAAUAAUGCUUAUUCCGGGUACGGAGGAUUAGGAAAUUCUUACGGAGGUUAUGGUCUUGGUUACGGCGCUGGAUAUGGUGGAUAUGGUUUAUCUAGUGCUUUGUUGGGCACUUUGCCAUAUGCUCGAUAUGGUUACUGAAACCGCAAACUGUAGUAAGGCCACAAAUUGUAGCAAACUACAACUGUGUUAAAAAAAAUCCAAUAUUCCUGCCCUUGGAUACCAAAGUUUCUGUCAUUUUGCCAAAUACUUUUUAUUCCUGAAUUAUCAUAUUUUAUGUAUUCGAUAUUUAUGAAAUAAAUACUGUGCAUAAAAAGAGAAGUUUCCUAUAUUAUUUUCGACCA